AUGGAGUCUUCUACUGAUCUUCGCCUCAAAGCUUACCGAUUUAUCGCAUAUUCAGCUGUCACAUUUUCGAUUGUGUCAGCUGUUUCGCUUGUUUUGACACUUCCAAUGGUGUACAAUUAUGUGCAAAAUUCGAAAGCUCAACUGGUCAAAGAAUCGAUUUACUGCAAAGUAGGUUUUAUUUUUCAAUCUUUAAGCAUAAUUACUUAAAUAAAUCAUUUUUCAGUCGUCAAUUCAAGAUAUGUGGUCUGAGAUGAGCAAUGUUCAAGAACAAGCCAGAAACAGAACUGCCAGACAAGCCUAUUCUGGUGGAGCUGCAUCUGCUGAUUCCGGAAGUUAUGCAUCUGGAGGUGGAGGUGGUGGAGGUGGUGGAUGUUCAGGAUGCUGUAAUCCAGGACCACCAGGCCCUGGUGGAAACCCUGGUAAACCAGGAAAACCAGGAAAGCCUGGAGCACCAGGUGCACCAGGAGCUGAAGGAAAAGGAGCUGCCACACCAUGUGAAGCCAAAACUCCGCCGCCUUGUCAACCCUGCCCACCAGGACCACCAGGCCCGCCAGGACCAGAUGGAGGACCUGGACCAGCCGGUGAACCAGGGCCAGCAGGAUCGCCAGCAGGGCCUUCUCCAGCAGGACCGCCUGGACCUCCAGGACCAGCUGGCCCAGCCGGAAAUGACGGAGCCCCAGGAGCACCUGGAGGGCCAGGUGCUCCAGGAGAGAGCAGCUAUCCAGAGCCAGCCGCCCCAGGUGCACCAGGGCCUCCUGGGCCAGCGGGACCCCCAGGACCAGACGGUGAAAGCCAACAAGGAGGACCAGGAGAGCCAGGACCAAAAGGACCACCAGGACCAGGAGGACAACCAGGAAGUGACGGAAAUCCAGGUCCCCCAGGACCUCCAGGAAAUGCUGGAGGAGAAGGAGAGAAGGGAAUCUGUCCAAAAUAUUGCGCCAUCGAUGGAGGAAUUUUCUUCGAAGACGGAACAAGAAGACGUUAA